AUGGAAGCUACCGAGACGGCCGGCUACGGCUGGAAAGUGACUCUACAGCUACGAGAAGGCCUCUUGGUGCUUCAGAAGGCACCGGAGGUGAGCCUCGGAAGAGCAGUGCGAGAAAGCGCGGGCGUCAGCCUACAAGAAGCCAAGGGAAACCGCUUCGUGAUAAACACCAAAGGAGAUAGCACUACCAGUGCCAAUGACAUCGUGGUUACCAUCGAUGACAUCGAGCGGUUGGCCCACACGAAGCUGCCACCGAAGGUGAACACUUUCUAUCAAGACGGGGCGGACCAGCAGCAAACCGUUUCCGAAAACCUGCUCGCGUUCAAAAGGCUAAGACUCUUGCCACGUGUGCUGCGGAACGUCACCGCGAUAGACACGGAAGUCAUGUUGCUAGGACAACGUGUUUCCAUGCCUGUUGGAAUAUCGCCAACGGCUCUGCAAAAGUUAGCGCACCCUGACGGAGAAGCAGCAACUGCACGAGCCGCCGCAAACGCUGGAACUGUGAUGAUUCUUAGCGCGCUGAGCACCACCUCCAUGGAGGACGUGGCAUCCAGAGCAUCAGGAAGUGUCCGUUGGCUGCAGAUGGAAGUCGUGAAGGACCGCUCCGUAACGGUUGACUUUCUAUCCCGGGCCGAGAAGCUCGGCUACGGAGCGAUCGUUCUCACGGUUGACAUGCCUGUGUUUGGACUUCGAGUGUCCAGCGUCAAAAACCGUAUGACCUACCCCGAGCAUCUAUGCUUAGCGAACUUCGAAGGGACUAAUUAUGGUCACAUGAAGGACCUGAAGGAGUCCUGCCUGGAAGAACUGCGACAGUCAUUUGACAGGUCGCUUACAUGGGACGUGCUCGCAUGGAUACGAAGCAUCACCAAGCUUCCUUUGGUUGUCAAAGGAAUUCUCACGGCUGAAGAUGCUUGUGAAGCUGUAAAUCAUGGGGCGUCCGCGAUACUUGUUUCCAAUCAUGGUGGACGCCAGCUCGACGGGGUGCCUGCAACGAUCGAGGUCCUUGCCUCCAUUGUUCGCGCCGUCCGAGGCCGCUGCGAAGUAUACAUGGACGGUGGAGUUCGUAGGGGCACCGAUGUCGUCAAGGCACUGGCGUUGGGCGCUCGUGCAGUCUUCAUCGGCAGACCUGUCAUCUGGGGUCUCGCUUAUGACGGUGAAAAUGGAGUCAAUAAAGUGUUGAGCAUCUACAGGACAGAACUUGAGCGAGCACUGGCACUAAUGGGCAAGUGGUCUUUGCUUUCUUAUGUUAAAUAUUUUAAGUUCUAGCUGAUAUUGAUUUCUAAUGCAUUCUAUGGGAUUACAGUUGCGGAGGGGAGGGGGAAGAAGGAAUGUUAUUGUCGGCAAUUACUUACGAUGGAUCUCCUCGCGAUCAUCAAAUUUUGGACAUAUUCGGGCCGAUAACAUACGCUAGCGUUUUUCGAAGCUGAUUCU